AAACAAAAUUUUUCGUAUACUAUUACUAUUUUGUAUUUUUUUCAACGAUUCGGUUUCCAUUUUUUACUAUUUUUGAUUAAGUUAAUUUCGAUGGUUGCUCGAACUGCUUUACUUUUAUCGAAUCCUGAAUAUCAAAGCGAUUCAGAAUGGAUAAGGGAACGAAUCCGGCAAAAUAAUUGA